CGCGCUCGCGUCACGUUCCCUCUUCCACCCUGCCGAAGCUCGGCCACUCCGCGCCUGCGCAGGAGAGUCGGGAGGCUCGGGUUGCAGGCUCCGGGGCGAUAGCUCCUGUCAGUGGGUCGGUCGGUCCUCCCGCCGGCCCUCCCCCCUCCCCGUUCUCCGGGGGAGGCGCGGUGGAGUCCGCCCCCGGGAUCCCCCGAUGGGGGAGAAGCGGCGACGGCGGCAGCGGAAUAACCAAGCCGGAGCGUGAGCGGCCCCGGGGCCCCGUUCCCGGCGGAGGCCAUGGGCGACCCAGCCCCCGCCCGCAGCCUGGACGACAUCGACCUGUCCGCCCUGCGGGACCCUGCUGGAAUUUUUGAGCUGGUGGAGGUGGUCGGCAAUGGAACGUACGGACAGGUGUACAAGGGUCGGCAUGUCAAGACCGGGCAGCUGGCUGCCAUCAAGGUCAUGGAUGUCACAGAGGAUGAGGAGGAAGAGAUCAAACAGGAGAUCAACAUGCUGAAAAAAUACUCUCACCACCGCAACAUCGCCACCUACUAUGGGGCCUUCAUCAAGAAGAGCCCCCCUGGGAACGACGACCAGCUCUGGCUGGUGAUGGAGUUCUGUGGUGCUGGUUCCGUGACAGACCUGGUGAAGAACACAAAAGGGAACGCCCUGAAGGAGGACUGUAUUGCCUACAUCUGCAGGGAGAUUCUCCGGGGUCUGGCCCAUCUCCACGCCCACAAGGUGAUCCACCGAGACAUCAAGGGGCAGAAUGUGCUGCUGACAGAGAAUGCCGAGGUCAAGCUAGUGGAUUUCGGCGUGAGCGCGCAGCUGGACCGCACCGUGGGCAGGCGGAACACUUUCAUUGGUACCCCCUACUGGAUGGCCCCCGAGGUCAUCGCCUGUGAUGAGAACCCUGAUGCCACCUACGACUACAGGAGUGACAUUUGGUCUCUAGGAAUCACGGCCAUCGAGAUGGCAGAGGGAGCCCCCCCUCUGUGUGACAUGCACCCCAUGCGGGCCCUCUUCCUCAUCCCCCGGAACCCGCCACCCAGGCUCAAGUCCAAGAAGUGGUCUAAGAAGUUCAUUGACUUCAUUGACACGUGUCUCAUCAAGACUUACCUGAGCCGCCCGCCAACGGAGCAGCUGCUCAAGUUCCCGUUCAUCCGCGACCAGCCCACCGAGCGGCAGGUCCGCAUCCAGCUCAAGGACCACAUUGACCGAUCCCGGAAGAAGCGAGGCGAGAAAGAGGAGACAGAGUACGAGUACAGCGGCAGCGAAGAGGAAGACGACAGCCAUGGAGAGGAAGGAGAGCCAAGCUCCAUCAUGAAUGUGCCGGGGGAGUCGACCCUCCGCCGGGAAUUCCUCCGGCUCCAGCAGGAGAACAAGAGUAAUUCGGAGGCUUUAAAGCAGCAGCAGCAACUGCAGCAGCAGCAACAGCGAGACCCAGAGGCGCACAUCAAGCACCUCCUGCACCAGCGGCAGCGGCGCAUUGAGGAGCAGAAGGAGGAGCGGCGGCGGGUGGAGGAGCAACAGCGGCGGGAGCGGGAGCAGCGGAAGCUGCAGGAAAAGGAGCAGCAGCGGCGGCUGGAGGACAUGCAGGCGCUGCGGCGGGAGGAGGAGAGGCGGCAGGCGGAGCGGGAGCAGGAGUACAAGCGGAAGCAGCUGGAAGAGCAGCGGCAGUCAGAGCGCCUGCAGAGGCAGCUGCAGCAGGAGCACGCCUACCUCAAGUCCCUGCAGCAGCAGCAGCAGCAGCAGCAGCUCCAGAAGCAGCAGCAGCAGCAGCUCCUGCCCGGGGACAGGAAGCCCCUGUAUCAUUACGGUCGGGGCAUGAACCCUGCGGACAAGCCAGCCUGGGCCCGAGAGGUAGAAGAGAGGACGAGGAUGAACAAGCAGCAGAACUCUCCCUUGGCCAAGACCAAGCCAGGCAGCACAGGGCCUGAGCCCCCCGCCCCCCAGGCCUCCCCUGGGCCCCCGGGACCCCUUUCCCAAACGCCGCCUAUGCAGAGGCCGGUGGAGCCCCAGGAGGGACCGCACAAGAGCCUGGUGGCACACCGGGUCCCACUGAAGCCAUAUGCAGCACCUGUACCCCGAUCCCAGUCCCUGCAGGACCAGCCCACCCGAAACCUGGCUGCCUUCCCAGCCUCCCACGACCCCGACCCCGCUGUGCCCGCACCCACCGCCACACCUAGUGCCCGAGGAGCCGUCGUCCGCCAGAACUCAGACCCCACUUCCGAAGCGCCUGGCCCCAGCCCGAACCCCCCAGCCUGGGUCCGGCCUGAUAAUGAGGCCCCUCCCAAGGUGCCUCAGAGGACCUCAUCUAUCGCCACUGCCCUUAACACCAGUGGGGCUGGAGGGUCCCGGCCAGCCCAGGCUGUCCGUGCCAGACCUCGCAGCAACUCCGCCUGGCAAAUCUAUCUGCAAAGGCGGGCAGAGCGGGGCACCCCCAAGCCUGCAGGGCCCCCUGCUCAGCCCCCUGGCCCGCCCAACGCCUGUAGUAACCCCGACCUCAGGAGAAGCGACCCUGGCUGGGAGCGCACGGACAGCGUCCUCCCCGCCUCUCACGGGCACCUGCCCCAGGCCGGCUCGCUGGAGCGGAACCGGGUGGGAGCUGCCUCCAAACUGGACAGCUCCCCCGUGCUCUCCCCUGGGAACAAAGCCAAGCCCGAGGACCACCGCUCACGGCCAGGCCGGCCCGCAAGCUAUAAGCGAGCCAUUGGUGAGGAUUUUGUGUUGCUGAAAGAGCGGACCCUCGACGAGGCCCCCCGGCCUCCCAAGAAGGCCAUGGACUACUCAUCGUCCAGCGAGGAGGUGGAGAGCAGCGAGGACGACGAGGAGGAGAGCAACGGCGAACCGUCAGAGGGGAGCAGAGACACCCCUGGGGCCCGCGAUGGAGACACAGACAGCAUCAGCACCAUGGUGGUCCAUGACGUGGAGGAGGUAGCCGGGACCCAGACCCCCUAUGGGGGUGGCACCAUGGUGGUCCAGCGCACCCCUGAGGAGGAGCGGAGCCUGCUGCACGCCGACAGCAAUGGCUACACGAACCUGCCAGACGUGGUCCAGCCCAGCCACUCGCCCACCGAGAGCAGCAGAGGUCAAAGCCCCCCCUUGAAGGAUGGAGGCAGUGACUACCAGUCUCGUGGGCUGGUGAAGGCCCCUGGCAAGAGCUCGUUCACCAUGUUUGUGGACCUGGGGAUCUACCAGCCCGGAGGCAGUGGGGACACCAUCCCCAUCACAGCCCUGGUGGGUGGAGAGGGCAGUCGGCUCGAUCAGCUCCAGUAUGACGUAAGGAAGGGCUCUGUGGUCAACGUGAACCCCACCAACACCCGGGCCCACAGCGAAACCCCCGAGAUCCGGAAGUACAAGAAGCGGUUCAAUUCCGAGAUCCUCUGUGCGGCCCUUUGGGGGGUCAACCUGCUGGUGGGCACGGAGAACGGGCUGAUGUUGCUGGACCGAAGUGGGCAGGGCAAGGUGUACGGACUCAUCGGGCGGCGACGCUUCCAGCAAAUGGAUGUGCUGGAGGGACUCAACUUGCUCAUCACCAUCUCAGGGAAAAGGAACAAACUGCGGGUGUAUUACCUAUCCUGGCUGCGGAACAAGAUUCUGCACAAUGACCCGGAAGUGGAGAAGAAGCAGGGCUGGACCACUGUGGGGGACAUGGAAGGCUGCGGGCACUACCGUGUUGUGAAAUACGAACGCAUCAAGUUCCUGGUCAUUGCCCUGAAGAACUCUGUGGAGGUGUAUGCGUGGGCCCCCAAACCUUACCACAAAUUCAUGGCUUUCAAGUCCUUUGCUGACCUCCCGCACCGCCCUCUGCUGGUGGACCUGACGGUAGAGGAGGGACAGCGACUCAAGGUCAUCUAUGGCUCCAGCGCCGGCUUCCACGCAGUGGAUGUUGACUCGGGGAACAGCUAUGACAUCUACAUCCCUGUGCACAUCCAGAGCCAGAUCACGCCCCACGCCAUCAUCUUCCUCCCCAACACGGAUGGCAUGGAGAUGCUGCUGUGCUACGAGGAUGAGGGUGUCUACGUCAACACGUAUGGGCGGAUCAUUAAGGACGUGGUGCUGCAGUGGGGAGAGAUGCCCACCUCUGUGGCCUACAUCUGCUCCAACCAGAUCAUGGGCUGGGGUGAGAAAGCCAUUGAGAUCCGCUCUGUGGAGACGGGCCACCUGGACGGGGUCUUCAUGCACAAGCGAGCCCAGAGGCUCAAGUUCCUGUGUGAGCGGAACGACAAGGUGUUUUUUGCCUCAGUCCGCUCCGGGGGCAGCAGCCAAGUUUACUUCAUGACCCUGAACCGUAACUGCAUCAUGAACUGGUGACGGGGCCCUGGGCUGGGCUGUCCCACGUGGACCAGCUCCUCCCCCACAGCCAGACUCCCCCGGGCCGCCCUUCUCUUUCCUCCCUGGGCUUUUGCUUUCCUGGUGUGAGUCACUGGAGCCUGCUGGGAACGUGACCUCUGACCCCUGAUGCUUUUGUGAUCACGUGACCAUCCUCUUCCCCAACAUGGUCUCUCCCCAAAACUGUGCCUGUCCCAGCUUCUGGGGAGAGGCACAGCGGCCCCUCACCAGGAAUUGGGUGGGCCUAGCCCCGCCCCCCUUCUCCACUUAAGGGGAGAGUGUUUGGGCCUUGGACCCCACACCCCACUGCUGCUGACUCGGCAGGGCCCUGGGCCCCUUUAUUUGCACGUCAGGGGAGCCGGCUCCCCCCUUGAAUGUACCAGACCCUGGGGGGGGUCACUGGGCCCUAGGUUUUGGGGGGGGGGUCACCAGCCACUCCAGGGGCAGGGACCAUGUCCUCAUUUUCUGAAAGCACUUUAAUGAUUCCCCUCCCCCCAGACCCCAGGGAAUGGAGGGGGGACCCCCGCCAGCCAAAACAUUUACCCCUUUUCAACCCCCAUCUCUUCUAGCCUCUGCCCUCCCCCGGUGGAGGGCGGGGGCAGGGCGCUCUCGCCCUCCACCCCUCCUUGCUUGCAUCUGUCUAUAGUGUGAGCAGCAAGUAGCCCCGUCCGCUCCCUGCCCCCACCCCUCCUCAAUGUAGUGGCCUUGGAGAUCUCGUUUGUUAAUAAAGACAAUUCAACCAGC